AAUAUUGUCUAAGCUAGUUCGGCGAGCCGGCCAAUUUUUCCAUCACAUUUCACACAACAGUCCCGUCUAGUCCACAGCUGCACAGGGCUGCUGAUGCCGACCGGUCGGAAGUGGUUUUUUUUUUAACUGUUUUUUUUAUCGUUAUCGCCUUUUUUUUUUAACAACCGGUUAAAACAAACAAAAAAAACACCGUUAAACGUUUUGUGAUUGAUAUUUUAUUAUACUUUGAAAACUCUGCUCAAUCUCGUGCCUACUGUUUGGAAACCAAAAGCAAAAAGAAAACAAACAUUAUUUUCAACACAAACAAAAAGGCCACGUUUCCUGUAAGUACACAUAUAUCAUACAUGAAUUCAUAAUUACCGCUGUGCUAGCAGGACUACGGCGAUAACAUGGCGCACAAAAAGACUUGCGGCAACACCACCGGCGGGUGGUUAGCCACAUACUUGCCCAUACUGACUUGGAUGCCGAAUUACAAAACUUCGGACUUGGUAUGCGACGCCACGGCCGGCAUCACAGUGGCACUGACGUUAAUGCCCCAAGCCAUAGCUUACGCGUCUUUGGCCGGCCUAGACCCUCAGUUUGGAUUGUAUUCCGCUUGUUUUGGCGGAGUCAUGUACAUAAUAUUCGGAUCGGUCCGGCAAAUCACCAUCGGACCCACUUCGAUUGUCGCUCUGCUCACGUUCAAUUACGUCAAUCCAGCCUUGCCCACGACCGCGGUCAUCUUGUGCUUCGUGUCCGGUUUGGUCGAACUCAUGUGCGGACUCUUUCAUUUGGGAUUUGUCGUCGAGUUCGUAUCGCUUCCGGUCACCGGUGGAUUCACGUCGGCGGCGGCCAUCAUAAUGGCUUCGUCUCAGCUCAAAGGCCUGUUCGGUGUGUCUUACGGAGCGAAAAACUGCAUUGAUAUGUGGAUAAAACUGUUGGAGAAAAUCGAAGAAAUCAAACUGGCCGACACGGCGAUGGGUGUCAUAUGUAUCGUCGUACUCGUUUGUUUGAAGUUCCUGAAAUCGGUCAAAGUCGAUUCCAAAGGAGUCAAAGCCAAAGUAUACUCCGGAAUUCUGUUCACCCUGACCACCGGCAGCAACGUGAUGGUGGUGCUCGUGUCGGCCACGAUAGCUUACUUCUUGAUCGAAGACGGCCGUUCGCCAUUGGCGUUGACCGGUACCAUCGUCAACGGUAUACCGCGUUUCCGGUUUCCGUUUCUGGACUACGAAGACGAAGACGAAAAGUUCACGUUCGUCGAAGCUCUGACAAAGCUCUGGCCCGGCGUCAUUGUCGUUCCUCUGGUAUCCAUCUUGAGCACGAUUUCGGUCGCCAAAGCUUUCAGCGGAGGCAACAUCGUCAACGCAUCUCAAGAAAUGAUAGCGUUGGGAUUCUGCAAUAUAUUCGGCUCGUUUGCCGGUGCCAUGCCUGUGGCCGGAAGUAUGUCCAGGUCGGCUCUAAAUAACACCACCGGUGUCCGGACGCCGUUCAGUUCGAUAUUUACCAGUGUUUUGGCCAUGUUCUCGUUGACUUACUUGACGCCGGCUCUCUAUUACAUACCUAAGUCCAGUUUGUCGGCUGUUCUCAUUUGCGCCAUUUCGUCCAUGUUCAGAAUCGAUAUGAUGAAGUCUAUGUGGCACACAAACAGACGUGACUUAUUCUCAUUUGCUACCGCGUUUGUCGCUUGCCUUGUCUUCGACGUGGAAAUGGGACUGCUGAUUGGAAUUUGUUUUGAUCUUUUGAGCUUGCUCUAUCGCAACGCAAGACCGUCCAUUUCCAUUGAAAAACAAACCAAUUCGUCGGGACACGGUCGUUGGAUCAUCAGACCCAGCAGCGGACUUUUGUUUCCGGCCGUGGACUACAUGCGACAGACAAUAAUAGCCGAGCUGUCGUCGGUCAACUAUGGCGAAAGGCCCAAAAUCGUCCUCGUGGAUUGUGUAUACUUUGACAAGACCGACUACACCGCGGCGCAAGGAAUGAAAUCUUUGAUCAACGAACUGAAAUCUCAGCAAUGUCUCCUGGAACUGGUCAACGCCAAACCGGCGGUGGCGCAAGUGCUGGAAUCCACUCUGGGCACGAAAAUCGUUUGCAUGAUAACCGCUCAAGACACAACGGUGACCAAAACCAACACGGGUUCGAUCCCGACUAAUCUCAACGAUUCGGAUCAUUCGACGACGAUCAGACUGAACGAGCUGAACGUGAAAAAUAUAUGCGAACAAAAAGCGUGAUACUUCCUCCGGAAACGUCCUUAGGUAUUUAAGUCGUCUAAUGUAAGUAGUUUUUUUUUAAUUUCACUUACAUAUGAGAUCGUUAACUUUAUUUAGAGAAUAUUUUAAUUUUGUAAAUCGUCAACGUUUGGUUGCAUAACGUAUAUUGUGUGUACGGUGUACAAAAUCGUUUUUUUAAUUAUUGUUACCUAUUAUUAUUAUAAGUGAUACUACUUUUUGUAUUAAACUUAUAAAUUAUUUUUAUUUAUUAAUUUAUUUUUUAUCUCGGAGGAUAGCGAACGCGACCCAUCAGUAUUGUUUUAGUUAUAUCUAAGGUUUUAAAUUUAACAUUUUUUUUUUUAUAUAAUAAUAUAAUAUGUAUAUUGUUGUAUGUAUACAUUCGUUAGUUAUAUAUAUAUAUAUAUUUUUUUGUUGUUG